UGUAGUGUAGAUCUACAUGACGUCGCUCAGGAUUGCAAUGAAGUUUCUUUGCUCUGUUCUUGCAACAAUCCGCUCAGCUGGACGACUGCCGGUGACGGCUAGCGGUGAUUUGCAGUCAACCUCUUGCUCACUCGACUGAAGCAGUUGCAUCUUGCGUAAAUCAUCGAACUGUUGUUUAGUCGUUCAGCCCCAUGUCGUUGUACUAGCGCGACAUUACGAGCAUGAUUUGGUGUGGCAGUGCGCUAGCUUUGCGGACGUGCUGCCUCUGAGAUGAACGCAGAAAAGCAUCUGGUGGCCGUCAAGCAAGCAGUGAAGCGGUUGGUAGAGGAAGCGGUCACCCGGCGGUUCAUUCAUCAGGACAGUGCUAAUAUCACUGCACUAUGUGUUGCACUGGACAAAGCCAUAACGUUCGGUCUCCAGUCCAAGUUCAAAAGGAGAUGGUCCACGGUGACCUCUGCAGACGUCUUGCAACACCUGGGCCGCUUUGACAAGGCGGCACUUGACCUGAGCAAGAAGGCUCAAGAAAUCAUCGCCAUAGUUGGCCAGCACACAUCCUCUUCAAGCGGUGGAUUCUUCUUCAGCUCGAGGAGUGUUACCAAUGGAGGUGACCGAGGUGGACUACGACAGAAGCUGUUUGCCACCUAUAGCAGCGCACUGAACCACCGCGGACAUGAGCGCUUCCUGUGGGUGCGCAUCGCCCUGUUGGAGAAGACACUCAACCUUAUUGUCGAGCAGCUUGUGAAGCACUCAAGUGCGCUUUAUGAGAAUACAAGUCUGAUCGGCGAUCCCGUUCGAGGGCCUAUCGUUGCCACAUUACUAGCCGGACCGUGUGCGCUGGAUUACUCCCGUAUGAAGACACCAGACCAUUUGUUUACGGAUCCGUCGGCAGAAGAACUGGUCUUGAAGGAUCGGAUUGCUACACGGAGUGAAGGAGCUGUGAGUGCUACUCAGCAUAGUCUGGAGAAGAACUGUGCAGCGCCAAGAAGUGAAUCACCCACACCCAGAGACAGCGAACAUGGAGAAACGCUUCAGGCCAUUGCUACUCUGCACCAGAACUCUCAAGCCACCCUUAUCUAUGGCAAGAACAACGUGCUCCUGGAAACGGCACCAUCUCAUCAUGCCCGCGGCUAUCUCUCUGUUCACCAAAUGGAGACCAAUCUCCUGCUGAAGUGGACACCCAAUGAGCUGGUCACCGGGAAAGGGACAAAUGCGGCGCACUCCCCGGGCCAUAGUUCAUUUGGCGCACUGACUGUGAAUCUCAAUCAAGUCGUCUGCGUCCACUGUCAUCCUUAUGUUGCCUCUGCGGAGCACGAGGAAGACGAAGUGGACGUUCAGCGUAUCCAGUUUAUCCUGCAGGAUGGCACGAGUUUGCCGCCUAUUGGCCUGCAGCAUGGCUCGACGCUCUUCACAUUCCUGGCUAUGCUGGAAACAUCUCUGCUGCCCAAUGUCCGCCUGGAUCCUCCAUUGUGGGGGCAGCAUGAGAGUAGAGCAGGGCCGUUUGCGCCUCCGUGGCCAGUUUCCAAGCAGAGAUCCAUGCCAUCGUUCAUGGGCCUUCAGGCACCCGUCGACGGAGACUCGCCCAGCAAAACGCAGUCGCCGUCAUCGCUUGUGAAUCGUCGCAUCGACAUGUCUGACUUGCCAAACUCGCUGGCGGGUGCUCGGCAGUUUAAUGCACGUCAGCGCUUGGAGCGGGGCUGUGUCUUUCAUCUCUUACCAACUGGUAGGGAGCCAUCUCCACCGGCAUCACCUCCACCAGUGGAGCUGUUCCUGCAUCUCUCCAAGGACGAUGCCAAUCCACAGCAGGCCAAUGACAGCUCCGAGGACCCGGACACUGUUCGCCAGCGCUCCAGUACAUUGCCGGAGAGCCCAUCGUCAGCACAUUCACAAUUGCCGACACUAGAGCAGCAGUCAAAGUGCUCACCGAGCGCACAUCGUUCCAUCAGUAAUUUGAACAGAAUGGUCACGGCACGUAUGCAGGAGAGAAUCAAGUCACGCACAUUCUAUGGGUGGAUGAUGUACUGUCGUGAUAUGCGUAUCGUUCGCAACAACCUAGGCAAGCUGCUGUUGCCAGUGACGGACAGUAAUCGCACUGUGCACGUCAGCAAGUCCUCCAUGGACCAGUGGGGAUCAGGUCUUACAUCUCAACUCUGGGAAGAGCUCAUGACCAAUGAUGGCGUUAUUGGAAAUCCACACGCGGUGAUGAAGUACAUCUUCUUUGGUGGCAUCCAGGACGACAAGGCAGGCAGUUUGAGAAAACAGGUAUGGCCGUAUCUACUUGGUCUGUAUAGCGUUGACUCAACACCAACUCAGCGUACGCUGGCAUUGGACAAGCUGCGUAAGCACUAUGAGGACACGUUGCGUGAUUGGGUGAUGGUGGAGAGUUGCCUGAAGGAGACAACGGCCGACGAGCUAGCGCAGUGCGAGCAGCUGUUUGCCGACUUGCCAUCGCGCACACAGCAGCUCCAGGCUAUGUGGGAGUAUCGCGAGUCGCAGCGCAAGCAGAAGAGCAACAGGACCGACGGGAACGCGUCCAGCUCCGGCGGCAAGAGCUCGACUGCAGGUGCACGACAGACUACCCAUGCCUCUCCGUGCACCCCGCCCAGCCGAACGCCUACACCGAGUGCUUCCAAGCGCAGUGCCAGCAACGAGCGCAGCAAAGCGACUACAGCACCGGGCGGUACUGCAGUGCUGGACCUAAGUGACAAGUCCGACGACUGCUGCACGUGUAAGCUUGAGGAGGCGGCGGCGGCAGAAUAUAAUAAUGAUGUACAGGUUGGGCAGACGGUGAAUGGAAGCGGCGGCAGCAACAGCACGGCGGGAGAGGAUGGAGUUGGCUCCACGGUAAUUACUUACCGUCGCUGUCCUGUGUGUGGCAAGUCACAACAGCAGCAAAGGAGUGAGAAUCACCAGGUAACCAAUGGAGUAGCAAGUACGGAUGAUGAUGAUGAUGAGGAGGAGAAGCGUAGUACAAGUAAGAAGCAAUCUACCACAUCAAAAACCAGCUACCAUGUUGAUCCUGACCAUGAGGAGUUGGAGCCUUCGGAGAUUUGGUCGCGGGAGCUUCACAAGAUUGACAAGGAUGUCAUGCGCUGUGACAGGAACUACCACUAUUUUGUCCCUGCCAACUUGGUGAAACUGCGGAACGUCAUUGCAACUUAUGUCUGGGAGCAUCGUCCACCAUUAGAACAAGGUUACACUCAGGGCAUGGUGGAUCUGCUAGCUCCGCUCAUGGUGAUCUUCAAUGACGAGGUCAUGGCGUAUGGCUGCUUUUGCAAAUUCAUGGCCGUGAUGGGAGACAACUUUCCGCACGGCAAGGCCAUGGACAGCAACUUCUACAACAUGCGCCUGCUGUUUGAGGUGUACGACAGGGAACUGUUUGAGCUGAUGAAGAACAAUGGUGACUACACUCAUUUCUUCUUCGCCUAUCGCUGGUUUCUGCUGGAUUUGAAAAGAGAGUUGGUCUAUGAUGACAUCUUCAAGUGCUGGGAGUGCAUCUGGGCUGCUCGCCAGUGCUGUUCGGAGUCCUUCACCUUGUUCUUGUGUGCGUCUCUAGUCCACACAUACCGUGACAUCAUCUUGAAGAACAACAUGGAUUUCACAGAAAUUAUCAAGUUCUUCAAUGAUAUGGCUGAAAAGCACCGGCUAGAUGAGGUCCUGGAUGGAGCACGGGGCAUUGUGGAGUAUCUCCAGAAGCUUCUACUGAAUGAGAGCAAGGAUGCAAGCAGAGUGACCAGCAGCAGUAGUCACGGUAGCAGUAGCCAAAGCAAAAGCAGUGCCUCAUCCAUGUCAACAGAACUACUGACCCCUUGAGCAAUGAGUAUCGGUUCUGAUUCGGAGCAUCCUUGCUGCGGAGCACUCCACAGGAAAUCGAUGUCGAACAAAGCAGUUUGUACUGGUGCCGCGGAGAUGCAUACUGGUAUGGGCGUUUUUGAUAGUCCUCCAAAUGUACUUCAAAGUAUUGGUUUGUCCGAUAGUAGACUGUGAUUGAUUGAUGAGUCUAGUGAUAGUAACUGUUGUUGACCUAUUGCUCGUGUGAAUCGAUAAACUUCAAACCUCCAGGACACUGCUGUAUUGUCACAUUUCCGCAUGACAAGAUGCACCGUGCGACUGUGUAGCCGGACUACGCACAAGUCAACAGUGAGACCGUGCAACGGUGCCACUAGAUUUUGAUGACCUUGGCAACCACCGUGGCAAUCAGGACGAGCAAGACAUCCUGACAAGCGUGCGCAACAAGCAAAGAAGGUGCUUUCAUUGUUCUGUAGCAAUAUCGGUUGUUGAAAAUCCUUUCAGGGUGAAUGAUUAUCUACAAUUUUAUUCCACUGCAUUCUGCUCUACAUAGGAAAUUGCUCCCAGCAGUGAAUGAUCGAUUUCUAACUUGAUGACAAUUUUGUGCUAAGAUAUUUUGAAUUGCCGCACUAGUUCGAUUCCUAUCAUUUUUUUCGUGUGUAGAUUGACUGGUUCAGUAACACCAGACACCCUUCUUCAGAUGCAAGUUCCUUGCAAGUGCCUUUGUGGCCUUCGUACUACUAUUUAUGCCUCGCAUUGCCACCUGUGGCUGUGCUGUCCAUGCGCACUAUGAAAUAAUUUGGAAAUCCGAGCGCGUGUGUUCUUUCAUGUACACAGAGUUCAGGCUGUAAUGAAUUGAGUCCAUCUCA